CUCCUCCGCCGAAGGGAGUCGGUUUCCUGCCGCCUCCGCCGCCGCCCGGCACUCGGCGCUGGCUCCCGGGGAGCGGCCGCAGGCGGACAUGGCCCCCCGCGCUGCCCCGCUCCUGCCGCUGCUGCUGGCUCUGCUCGGCCGCCCGGACCCCGGGAGAGCCGAGGGCUGCGACCUGCAGCCGGUGACGGCGGAGCCGCCCAUCGCCCUGUCCUAUGCCACCAGCACGGUGCCACGGGGCUGUGUCAGCAGCAGCUCCAUAGGCAACAGCCAUGAAGUCCACAUCCUCAGAGUCGAGUGGUCCAAGGUCUCUGCCUUCCCACUGAAGGUGUCCGUCACACCACAAGCUGGUAGCUGCGCCCCGUCACCAGUGCUCAUCCUCCUGUGUGCCCGCUGCUCAGCCAUCGUCACCUCCCCGUGCCCGGACCUGAUCGUCCGCACCGACGCCCACCUCAGCCCGGGGACCAUCGAAGCACAGGGCCCCGAGCCACCCGUGGCCGCCAGCGAGGGGCAGCUGCUGGCCUGGGCUCGGGAUACCUACAGGGGCAUCACAUCCUACAGCGAGCUGCGGGACCCCCGCUGGGUCCAGGUCCGCCUGGGAGAAGCCGCCGACAGCCCCCGGGACUGCGUCCCCCAGGAGCGCUUCAAUGCCACGCUGCACCUCGAGACUGAGGUCUUCUUCCACGGGGUGAAGGGCUGCUCACGCGGGGACACGCAGAGCACCAGGGCUGCCCACAUCAUCCGCCUGCAGCCUGAGCCCAGCUCCCCCAUCACAGAGGUGAACUUGUCCCUGAGCUGUCCCGAGAGAGCCGUGAGCAACCAGAUCCUCAUCCUGCAGAGCCGGGCCAACCUCACCUGGUCCCUCUCCGUCAACAACUGCCACAUCCAGUUCUUGGUCUCCGGGAACUACAAGAUCAUGUCCAUCUCCCCGAUGCUGCUCCCCGGGGAGCUCCUGCCUGACACAGAGUGGGGGCUCGUCGGCAAAGCCUUCGAGAAAAACUACAGCAUCAUCGCCUCCUAUUCCGCCAUCCCCGCCAGCACCCGCAUCAGCCUGGAGAUCCAGGAGCACGAGGCGAUCAGGAGGGCACCCGCAACACCCACCCCCCCGGCCCCCACCGCCAACUCGCUGCCCCACACGCUGCUAUUCAUGCUCCGUCCCUGGAAGUGUACGGAUGAAACCAUGGAGAUCGUCAUCGCCAGGUCCCACCUGGAGCCCAUCAAGGAUGUGGUGAACAUCACCCUGCGGGACAUCAGCUGCCAGGCAGAGAAAAAUGCCACUCACUUCAUGCUGAGAACCCCCCUCAGCCACUGCGGCACCUCGCUGGAGGACAGGGGCCACGCCAACAAUGAGCUCAUCCUCAACCUGGCCAAGGGUGCAGCGCCCCGGAGCGUGCGGGUGGCCUUCCAGUGCAAGAUCCCACGGGAGCUCUUCCUGCGCCUCUUCCCCACUGCCGCCUUUGAGGCACCGCAGACGGAGCUGGAGGUCAACAAGGAGGCUUUCGUGCAGGCAUCCAUGCGGUGGGAGGACCACCCCGCCGACCUGCAGCUGAAGGAGUGCUGGCUGGGGGCACCGGGGCGGGAGUCGGUGCUGCUGGUGCAAGGCGGGGAGGCACGUGGCAAGGGGGUGGCCAUGCUGGAGGCCCCCCCCAGCAGCCACGGGAGGAAGGUCUGGCGCUUCCGCUUCACCUACGCCAUCCCCGAGGGCGGGCGCGUUCCCUUGUCCACCACCCUCAAGUGCAACGCCGGCUUGCAGAACAACACCAUCUUCGAGAAGGUCCUGGAGGUGACAGUGAAGGACAGCUGGCGGCCACCCAACAAUCAUGGUCUGGGGCUGGCCGCUGUCCUGGGCAUCACCUUCGGCGCCUUCCUCAUCGGGGCACUCCUCACUGCCGGGCUCUGGUACAUCUACUCGCACACCCGUCCCACCUCCAAACUGCAGCCGGUUUCCAGCACGGCGCCAGCCUCGGAGAGCAGCAGCACCAACCACAGCAUCGGCAGCACCCAGAGCACCCCCUGCUCCACCAGCAGCAUGGCCUGACCCCCCCGGGCCCCCCCGAGCCUGGCCAGCCCCCAUCCGCCGGACUUGGGGACACACCCCAGCUCCAUUAAGCUGGUUUUUUGCCCCAAAUCUCAGGCUGAGCCCGGAGGGGGCCUCCGUUACUCAUUCAGUGAAUGCUUUGGCCCCCCGAGGACAGCCCACGCCGGGGAGGGGGGGCACCCUGCAACCUCCCCAGGGUCGCCCGCUGCGGGGUGCGCCAGGGAGGUAGAGAGAGCAGCUAUUGCCAAAGUCCCCCCGAGGCUCCCCAUCAAAUGGGGGCAGGGGGGGCAAAAGUGGGUGCCCCCAGGAUGUGCCCCGGCACUUGAGGUGACACCCACACCCCUCCUGCGUCCCCCCAAGAAGGCAGCAGGCACCACUGGGAGC